AUGAAUGGUCCUCACAGUGCAAAUGGAAAGCAGCGUGGUGGCAAAGAAGUGAUCGGAGCAAGUUACGUCCCAGCCCCAAGCGACGUUCUUAUAAGGGAUAUACCUCCUAUAACUAUUGCAUUCGGAGAUUAUAUUACUUGCAAUCCAACAGAUCCUGAAUACGCACGUAUUGGCAGUCUCUUGGAUAAUCCAUCAGCAUCAAAAUUUCCCGACAUAUCUCUACAUGCAGUUCGUGGAUUGAUUAACCAGGCUGAUGUGAGCUAUGUCCGAUUCAAGAGCCCAUCGGUAACAUUCCAACAACCUUCUUUCGACUAUGCGAUCAACCCUCAAUUUAAAAAUCAACAUAAACGUCCGUUCGAGCAAACUAUGGAAAUUAUCCCUCAAGGCAGUAUGAUCCCAGAACAGACCCAUAACCAUGAUUUUUAUGGCAUUGAUUCCUUAUCAUACAAUAGUACACCAGAAAUUGUCAUGAAUAAUAGUUCUGUAUCUCAGCGUAUUGAUUAUAACCAUAGUUCUUACAAAGGAUCAAGUAUUUCACCCACUCAAAUGAUAUCCAAUGAUCAGAGAGAACAACAGAAUACGUAUAAUAAUGAAAACAUUUAUAAUAACUCAAUUAUAAGUAAUACGUUAGAAAGUCAAGAGAUUAAACCAUCAUCAUUGGUUUUUUUGGAUACUCCAGCACAUUCAAGUCGAGAUUAUCAUCCUAAUGUUUAUUCAGAAGUGAGUGAAAUUCCACAAACUUAUCGGCAGAAUGAACGUCACAAUUCUCCACAUGUUGUUAUAGAAAGUACACCUAUUUCAAAAUCUUAUAUUCAGUCAAAUUAUAAUGUUUCGAAAGUACCAUUUGAUUCAGAUUCACAAGAAAUAGAAUCAAACAAUUUAAUUCCUCAAGUCGUUAUUAAUCAGGAAAAAUCUUAUGUGAAAGAUUUCAAUGAUAAUCAAUACGUAGAUUCGAACAUUAUCUCAACUGCAAAGCGGCAGAGUACUCGUGCGCCAUCCCCUAAAGUAGUUAUAGAAGUCACACCGAGAAAUAAAUUAGAAGUGUAUCGCUCGCCUCAAAAAUCAGAGUUUGAUUCGAUCCUUAACUUGCAGCAAUCUCAGAAAAAGUCGAAUCAGGAAUAUAAAAAACAUAGGGAUAGGGAUAAGGAUGAAGAACGAAAUGGAGAGAGCGCACUGAUCAAUUUGAUUAAUUAUAUGAGUACGAUAUUUGAAGCUGAGGAUUCCGUCGACAUGGAACAAUCCUCUAAUAAUGCAUUUGCAUCAAAUUCAACACCUCUACUAGUUCAGUCAAGCAUGGGUUCGAGUGAGCCCUUGCUUACCACAAGCGCAAUUCAACAACUUACGAAGCUUGUUAACAAAGUGAGCCGUUAUAAACGUAUGGAAGAUGCUGAAGUAGACGAUUUAGCACGUCUUUUGAAAAUAUUAGAUCGUUCUGUGCGUGAGGUUGAAAAUUUGGAUGUAUUACCAAAAUCAGCAUUUCAAGUCCAAAUACACGCGACAAAUUCGAAAACUAAAGUGAAUCACAAAAAUUUAGAUAAUGACAUAAAUGAAGAUGAUUCCCAUGAGGAUGAGGAAGAUUCAAAAAUUAGACAAAUGGAGGAAAAACUUGAAAAAAUAACUAACGGAAUUGACGCCGCAAUAGCCGCAUUUUCAAUCAUGACAGGCGGUAAAUUAAGUAAACAGCUAUAUCCCGAAGAUUUAAUCACUUCAAGUUUAAAUCUUGUAAAAAAUCAACUUGGAGGAAUUAUUUAUCGCUUUUUGGAAUUAAGUACCUCUAAUGAGGAAUUAAGUCGGAUGCUUCCGGUUAUAACUACUUAUUUGAAAAAGUUAUACGACUUGAUGCAGCAAGAAGAGCUUUCGGAUAGUAUUGUCAUAACAGUUAGUUUUAUCGCCAUUGGACCAUUUUUUGUUGAUUCUUCUGGUGGAGGCGGCAAUAAUUUUUUUGGAAUCAAUGUUGAAUCCAUGAAAUUGGUUGCACUUGGGUUAUUGCGAUUGGUUUUCACAAAUAAUCAAAAACAACGUACUUGGAUUUUAGAGGAAAUUCUAACCUCCCUCAUUAAAUUACCUACCGCAAAACGUAAUUUGCGACAAUAUAGGUUACCUGAUGGUAAAUCAAUUCAAAUGGUUUCAGCACUUAUUUUGCAACUCAUUCAAAGUUGCACUGCUGGUACAAAUCAGUACGAUUCUAAGGAUAUUGAUGGUCAGCGUAAAAAUGAAAUUCUUAGAAUGGAGAUCAAUGACGAUGUCAAUAAUUUUAAAAAGUGUGGCGGUAUUUGGAAAACAGGAAUAGACGCAGCUAGCGUGAAUGCCGGCUAUGUCUUCAAAUUCUUGCUGGCAAGAUGUACAAAAUCUAUUAAAAACUCAAAUGAUUCUGAAUAUCGUGUCCUGUUGGAUAACUUUAUGGAAGAUGUAAUUACUGUGUUAAACUUUCCAGAGUGGCCUGCCGCGGAAAUGAUAGUUCACAUUUUCAGUAAAAUUAUGGUCGGCUAUAUUAAUGAUAAGAAAGCAGAUACGUACACGAAGUCCAUGGCUAUUGAUUAUUUAGGAACCAUUGCUGGACGAAUAAAAAAAUAUGCCAAUAAUGCUCUGAUCAAUGGUGAGAGUACAUUGGAGGAUAAUUGGGAAAAUAAAGAAGUUCGUCAUUGUAUAGAUAUGGCCAAAGAUAUUCCAAGGGGAGAGAUUACUAGUAAUACGAGUUUACAGGCAAUUAAAAAUCUUUGGGAAUGUCAAAAGACUGUGUUGACAUUUUUGAAAUUUGUUGCGUUGCAAGAUCCCGGUGUACAGUGCGCUCGACAGUUUUAUUUGGCAGAAUGGGGAUAUUCUUUUGUUAGUACACUACAAACUGUUACUGAAAAUUUGUCAAAUGAAGAUAGCGAAGAUAAUGACUUAAUCCGUUCAUUGAAAAAAUUGUUGGAUAAAAUCAUUGCCGAAUAUUGGCAAAUGUUUUUGGAUGAUAACAUUAAUCAAAGUUUAGAACAAAGGCAAGUCAGUUUGUCAUUCGAUACUGAACGCUCUGAUAUCAGUCUUAUAACCGAAUUUCUUGCAACAAGGCAAGCUCUUUAUCAGAAUUUUGACUCCAUUCUCUCAAGGAUUUUGGUUUCACUUGAUACGGGAGUUGUUGCCUUCCGAACCAAAGCUCUGAGGGCGUUAGGACAAGUAGUUGUUAAUGAUCCGAACAUUUUGAGCCAAGUCAAUGUUCGGCAAACAAUUGCACAAAGACUUUCCGAUAAUUCUCCGGCCGUUCGCGACGCAGCCAUUGAUCUUGUCGGUCGAUAUCUCUCGCAAAAACCCGAAAUCACUGAACAGUAUUAUAAAGUUAUUAGUGAACGAAUUUUGGAUACUGGUCUCAAUGUCCGAAAACGUGUUAUCAAAUUACUUCGUGACAUAUAUCUUAAAAGCACGGAUCAGAAGAUGAUGAUAGACAUUGGCUGUAAAAUUCUCAUGCGUAUAAAUGACGACGAUAAUCAUGUUAAAGACUUGGCUUUAAAAACCAUUCAAGAAUUAUGGUUUGUACCUUUCAAACAUCAAAGGAAUGUGACCGUUGACAUGGAUGAUCUUGAUGAUGAUAAUGAAGGACAAAGUGAAUUUACCAACAUGUAUGCUGUUGGCAAGAAGGAAGUUUUAAGUAGAAGUUUGUUAAUUGUUGGAGUUGCAGGACGCCUUGGCGAAAGGAAUGGUAAUGUGUUGGGAGGGCUAUUCAAAAAGAUUAUAGAAAAGGAUGGAAAGCAGAAACGAGAAAUCUUAAAUAUAUGUCAGUGUAUGGUGGAUUGUCUCUUUGAACAUCUAUUGACAUUACAAGAUUCUAAUUCAAAAACUGAGGUUGUAAGUUGUAUCAGCACCAUAUGCCUCUUAAGUAAUGCUUCUCCUUCACUUGUUCGAAGGCAUGUCGCCACUUUGCAACCGUAUUUAAAAAGUGCUAGUUCGACCGAUGAACAAACAAUCUUGUAUUAUGUAUUAAUAAUCUAUCGAAGUGUUCUUCCACUUUUAAAACGACCAAAUCCAAGCUUUUUAACUGAGGUAGAACAAGCACUUCUUGGUCUACUUACCAAAAGUCCACAAAAGAUUCUUCAAGAGGUUGUGCCUUGUCUUUGUGUUAUUGUGGAUAAGUUAACACAUAACUAUGCUCGUUUAACGAAGCUACUAAGAUCUUGUAUAGAAAAACUUAAAAUUGAAAAGAAACAUUUGGAUACCGGAAAAGAGAUAUCUUCGGCUCGAAAUGUUAUGGUUCUUCUUUUGAUUAUCGGUUUAUUAUGUAAAAACUUUGAUUUUGACAAAAAAAGAACAGAACAUCCAGACGAAAUGAAGGAAUUAAACCUCAUUGACAAGGGACCUAUAAUAGCAAUUGUUUUCCAAUUAGCUUUAUAUUUUUGUGGUGAAAGCUUAUCAGAAACCGUACAGAAAAUGGCAUUACAGAGCUUGGGAUUCAUAUAUUUGUCCUAUCCAAUAAUCAUGCUCAGACCGGAAAGCACCAGUCUAAUGGAUCGUAUUCUAAGUACUGGGGUCAUGGAUAUGAAAAUACAAUUAAUGAAGGUAUUCGCCGAUUUCUUGGUAGCAGAGCAACAAAAGAUUAACACGGAUUUGGAAGAUAAAAAACAAAAAAAAAAUGUUCCUGUCGAUUUAAAGGUUUUGAUUGGAAAUGCGGAUGAGUUUGCAGAGGCAGGGGUGAGCAGCUCUUUAAUGCAACGAUAUCUCGACCAGAUCCUUGAAUGUACUUUUGAUCAAACGCAGGGUUUGAAAACGAUUGCUUUAGAUGUCUUGGGCAACAUUAUUCAACAGGAAACUAGUCCGGAACAAACGAUUCGCGACAAAGCGUUUAAAUUGCAUCAACUUUUAAAUGAAAAGCACGCUUCAUUGAUACAUUCUCGUAACGUUGAUUGCGUCAAAAAGGCAUACGCUUUUCAAAAACAAUUGGUUGGUAAUAACCUCGUUGGAUAUGCUGUUCGAAAUGAUGAGGGAUAUCCGGAGGCUUUGCUUAAUCCAAUGUAUUCUUUGUUAAAAGAAAAACGACAACGUCGCAAUGAUUUCUUAAUAUCAAUUGUCAGGACGUUUGAUUUUGAUCUAAUACGAUACGAUGAAUCGAUGGUUGAUGUUGGUUUCUGUAAAUUUGUCGCAGAAAAUCUUGCUACUAUUGAUUAUAAAUCCUUGGAAGAAGUCCUUCAUGUUAUCUAUUGCAUCAAUCGUGUUUUAUCAGUUGUUGCUAUAAGUAUUCUGCAUUCCAUUCAACACAAUGCAAAAGUUCUUAAUAUCAACGUGGACGCAUUUAGUCAAAACAAAUUUUCCCAAGAACAAAUCCUUGAUAACGUUCAAAUAAUUGUUGAAAGGAACCUCCCACUUGAUUCGGAUCCGCAUAAUGUUCCUAUGCUUAACGGCGAGGUUAAGGAAAUUAAUGGGAGAUAUGAAACCCUAAAGGAUAACAUUAAUUUAAAUUCAACGUCAAUUGAUAUACAAAGUUCCGCAUUUUUAGAGAGUGUAGAGAAAAUGGCAAUACAAGAUGUUCAAGAGCGAGAAUCGAUAAAUAAAGAUAAAGAAACUAUUUUACCAUUACCUUAUGCCGCCAAGGUUUCCAUUUGCAUGGCUAUUCUUAUGUACUUGAAAGAACAUUUGAAAAAGGCAUACGCACUUAGUGAAGCUAAAUGUCAGAACUUCAACCCAGCCCAAAGUGGAUCUAAUAAAGAUAAGCCGGCGUUACGUCAACAACAUGCUCCACCAGUGAUUACAUGGGAAGGUCUUCCAUUCGUAGAUAAACCUUUGUUAACUGAUGAAGAUAUACACCAACAAUGCGAAUUGUUCAGAAAACUUAUGUCUGAUGAUGGCACGCAAGAAGAAUUUGCCAACACGGAGAUGGAAGCGGACUCAAUUAACAAACAAUCGAAUGGUUACGUUAACGUGGAUUUCGACGUAACGACCAUGUCAUUGUUCGAUGAAACAACGCCAACGAUAACAAAAUCGGCAGGAGGUACCCCUACAAAGAAAGGAAUCGUACGUAAAUUAGGUUCAAAGUCAAAAAAUACGUCACCAAGGACACCAGGAAGUGGUAAAAAAAGAAGUGCACCUAAUGAUGCUAUGUCUAAAAAGUCUAAAAAGAAACGCAAAUCAGUUAUAGAUAAUGUGACCGAUGAUGAAGAGGAUAGUGACUUUCAGUUGUAG